UGGAUAUAAGAGGUAAUGAAGAAGCUGAUACAGCUGCUAAGUCAGCAAGUCCUUCACAGCAUACAAUGCGUGUUGAAGGAGGUGAUUUGAAGCUAGUCGUUAAAAAACGACUAGCAGAGAGAUGGCAAAUCAUGUGGAAUGCACAAAUCCACAAUAAACUUCACGAGAUCAAACCUUUGGUAGAGAAUUGGACACAUAACAGGCAAUAUGAUAGGAGAUCUGAGGUUAUCCUUACUCGUUUGAGAAUUGGACACACUCGACUGACUCAUCAAUACCUUUUGAAGGGAGAUGACGAACCAGUAUGUCAGCACUGCAACUGUGCUGUAAGUGUUAAACACAUAUUUUGCAACUGUGUUGCUUUUGAUCAGAGUCGUAGACAGCAUUUCGGAAAUGCAAGCUUUAGAGACAUUUUGGGCCAGAGGCCAAAUCUGGAUAAUAUACUGGACUUUCUAAAAGUCAUUAAUAUGUAUAGGGAAAUCUGCUGAUUUAUUUAUUGUACAGUUUUAUUUACUUUGAGUUGCAUAUCUAAAUUAUUGUAUAUAUCUUUUGUUAUUGUUUGUUUACUUAUUUCUGUUGUUGUUUAUUUAUUUAUUUAUUUAUUAUAUUCUAGAUUUUAUAUUUAUAUUACCAUUGGCUUUUUAAUGGUUAAACUGUGAUGUUUCGUUUAUGUGUAUAUAUGUUCCCCUAUUUAUUUUCUACCCUCAAUUGUACCAUGUGUCGUGGCGCAGUAUAGCCUGCAUGGCUUUUGUGCCAAUAAAAAUUAACCAACCAACCAACCAA